AUGAGUAAUGAUAAAUACAAGUAUAGGGUUGAGAUACAACAGAUGAUGUUCGUCUCUGGUGAGGCGAACGACCCACCCGUAGAGACCACAUCAUUGAUAGAGGAUGUGGUUCGAGGCCAGGUUAUUGAAAUUCUCUUACAAGCAAACAAAACUGCGCACUCGCGAGGGGGGAAGACUGUUCUCCCAGAGGAUGUUAUUUUCUUGAUCAGGCAUGAUAAGGCGAAGGUAAACAGGUUGAGGACUUAUCUGUCUUGGAAGGAUUUGAGGAAAAAUGCAAAGGAUCAGGAUGCCGCUGCAGCAGCAGGACUGCCCACAACUAGUGGAUCGGGAGGUGGCAAUGCGGGACCGGGGGCAGGUGACGAAGAAGAAUCAGGGAAAAAAACGGAAAAGGACAGCGCGCUCAUGAAAGUCAAGAAAUCCACUAUCAAGCUACCAUGGGAAUUGCAAUUUAUGUUUAAUGAACAACCUUUGGAAAAUAACGAUGAUAACAGUAAUCUAGAUGAAGACGAAAGAGAGGCCAAUAUUGCCACUUUAAAACGUUUGAAAAUAGCAGAUGAUAGAACUCGAAAUAUGACGAAGGAGGAGUAUGUGCACUGGUCGGAUUGUAGACAGGCUUCGUUUACCUUCAGAAAAGGUAGAAGAUUCAAAGACUGGUCUGGGAUCUCACACCUUACUGAGGGGAAACCCCACGAUGAUGUGAUUGAUAUUCUGGGGUUUCUAACAUUUGAAAUUGUGUGUGCCCUAACAGAGACCGCGUUGAAGAUUAAGAAACGUGAACAGUCACUACAGGCCAAAAACACCAAAUCUGGAGACCAAGAUCUUGAGCUGACCAAGACCACCCUACCAAAUCAUAAAAAGCGCCUCUUCGAUGGCCCAGAUGACGUUGUACAUCCACUGAAACCAAAACAUAUCGAGGAAGCAUGGAGGUUACUCCAGACGGUCGAUAUGAAACACAGAGCACUAACAAAUUUCAAGGGUGGUAAACUGCGCUCAAAACCUAUUAUCUUAUGA